CUCCUUGAUGGCUACCAGCCGUACAUGUUCCUGGCUCCAGCGAAAGCACUGCAUCCAAACCGGGGCGGCACCCCGUGGUGCUGCGCCCACCCCCUCGGUCGCUGUGGCCUCUACUGCGCAGCCGCAGCAGUGGAGACCUUUGUGCACUAGGGCGCCACGUGGGUGGAGCCAUGGACGAGGACCCGCCCCCUAAAACGCUACACGCAGCAACUGUGUGCACUGUGUGCUGUACCUGCUUGGCCCGGGGCCCAGCCGGAUCCCCUGCAAACAGAUCCGAGUCCCACUAGCUUGGUGAGCCCCGCCAAGGUACCCACGCAGGCCCUCACCCACCGCUGGGCCUGUUAACAGCUGCGGCUCACCAGUGUGGUGCCGCCAAACUCACGCCCUCACACCCACCCGGCCCACUGGUGUCAAACUCAAGACCCGCUUUACUCUGGCGGAGCCAAAGCCCCUGGAAGCAAACCAGGCCUGCCCACUCACCUUGGUUGCCCUGCUGGAAACCCACCGUGCCCGCUCCAGGGCACAGCCUCCGCUCACGGGUCCCGCCUCGGUUCUCCUUCCACCUGCCCACUCGAGCUCCAGGCGCUGCUCGAGUCCUGGUCAGCCCCGGUGCUGGCCUGGGAGACUUGGGGGUUCCCGCCUGUAGGUCAAGACUCAGCCCCACGCACUCCUCCACUUUCCACGCUCGACCCUCCUGACCCGAUGAGAGACCCCCGCCAUCCAACCUGAUGCCACCCCUUCCCCAGCCCGGGCACUCCUUCCCUUCCGGGCCCAGGUCGUCCUCCCUUGGGGAUUCCUUGGACCUCGGGAUCCGAGCUGCAGCCUUCGGAUGGCCGCGCCCGACCCUGCCCCAGCCUCUCCUUCCCUCCUGGGCUUCAGUGGACGUGGACCUGACCGUGGACCAGGCUGACCUCAGGCCCUCCAGGGUGCUCAGGAGCCUUCAGAAGCGGCCAUGAAACUAUUUUCCAAAGCGGCCUCUGCAGCGCGCAGCACCGCGGACCUCGCCUGCCCACCGCGCUCCCUUCCUCCGCCUCCCCAUGUCGGCGGCCCCCGCCUACAGUGAGGACAAGGGUGGCUCCGCGGGUCCCGGGGAGCCCGAGUAUGGCCACGACCCGGCCAGCGGAGGCAUCUUCUCCUCCGACUACAAGCGGCAUGACGACCUGAAGGAGAUGCUGGACACCAACAAAGAUUCCCUCAAGCUGGAGGCCAUGAAGAGGAUCGUGGCGAUGAUCGCCCGGGGAAAGAACGCCUCGGACCUGUUUCCUGCCGUGGUGAAGAACGUGGCCUGUAAGAACAUAGAGGUGAAGAAGCUGGUCUACGUGUACCUGGUGCGCUACGCCGAAGAGCAGCAAGACCUGGCCCUGCUGUCCAUCUCCACCUUCCAGCGUGGCCUGAAGGACCCCAACCAGCUGAUUCGCGCCAGUGCCCUCCGCGUCCUCUCCAGCAUCCGUGUGCCCAUCAUCGUACCCAUCAUGAUGCUGGCCAUCAAGGAAGCCGCCUCAGACAUGUCGCCCUACGUGCGGAAAACAGCUGCGCACGCCAUCCCUAAGCUCUACAGUUUGGAUCCUGACCAGAAGGACCAGCUCAUAGAGGUCAUUGAGAAGCUUCUGGCCGACAAGACCACGCUGGUGGCGGGCAGCGUGGUGAUGGCCUUCGAGGAGGUGUGCCCAGAGCGCAUCGACCUGAUCCACAAGAACUACCGGAAACUCUGUAACCUACUCAUCGACGUGGAGGAGUGGGGCCAGGUGGUCAUCAUCAGCAUGCUCACCCGCUACGCCCGCACCCAGUUCCUGAGCCCCACCCAGAACGAAUCCCUGCUGGAGGAGAACCCCGAGAAAGCCUUCUACGGCUCCGAGGAGGACGAGGCCAAGGGCCCGGGGUCGGAGGAGGCUACCACCUCGGCGCUGCCAGCCAGGAAGCCCUACGUCAUGGACCCUGACCACCGGCUGCUGCUGCGCAACACGAAGCCGCUGCUGCAGAGCCGCAGCGCCGCGGUGGUCAUGGCGGUGGCGCAGCUCUACUUCCAUCUGGCGCCCAAGGCCGAGGUGGGCGUCAUCGCCAAGGCUCUGGUGCGCCUGCUGCGCAGCCACAGUGAGGUGCAGUACGUGGUGCUCCAGAACGUGGCCACCAUGUCCAUCAAGCGCCGGGGCAUGUUCGAGCCCUACCUGAAGAGCUUCUACAUCAGGUCCACGGACCCCACCCAGAUCAAGGUCCUGAAGCUGGAGGUGCUGACCAACCUGGCCAAUGAGACGAACAUCCCUACGGUCCUGCGGGAAUUCCAGACCUACAUUCGCAGCAUGGACAAGGACUUUGUGGCAGCCACCAUCCAGGCCAUCGGACGCUGCGCGACCAACAUCGGCCGGGUCCGAGACACCUGCCUCAACGGCCUGGUGCAGCUGCUGUCCAACCGCGAUGAGCUGGUGGUGGCGGAGUCGGUGGUCGUCAUCAAGAAGCUGCUACAGAUGCAGCCAGCUCAGCACGGAGAGAUCAUCAAACACCUGGCAAAGCUCACGGAUAACAUACAGGUGCCCAUGGCCCGCGCCAGCAUCCUGUGGCUCAUUGGGGAGUACUGUGAGCACGUCCCCAAGAUCGCGCCCGACGUCCUCAGAAAGAUGGCCAAGUCCUUCACAGCAGAGGAGGACAUUGUCAAGCUGCAGGUCAUCAACCUGGCAGCCAAGCUCUACCUGACCAACUCCAAGCAGACCAAGCUGCUGACCCAGUACGUGCUGAGUCUGGCCAAGUACGAUCAGAACUACGACAUCCGCGACCGAGCACGCUUCACCCGGCAGCUCAUAGUCCCUUCUGAGCAGGGCGGGGCCCUCAGCCGCCACGCCAAGAAGCUCUUCCUGGCACCCAAACCGGCCCCCGUCCUGGAGUCGUCCUUCAAAGACCGGGACCACUUCCAGCUGGGCUCACUGUCCCACCUGCUCAAUGCCAAGGCCACGGGCUACCAGGAGCUCCCGGACUGGCCAGAGGAAGCCCCGGACCCAUCCGUGCGCAACGUGGAGGAAGAAGAUCUCUCCCUUAUUGAGACCCACGUGGGCCUGUUGGGCGAAUACACCGAGGUACCCGAGUGGACCAAGUGCUCCAACCGGGAGAAGAGGAAGGAGAAGGAGAAGCCCUUCUACUCAGACUCUGAGGGGGAGUCAGGCCCCACGGAGUCCGCAGACAGUGACCCCGAGUCCGAGAGCGAGUUGGACAGCAAGAGCAGCAGUGAGAGCGGCUCUGGGGAGUCCAGCAGCGAGUCCGAGGAGGAAGACCGGGAGGAGGAGGAGGAGAAGGGGAGGAGCAGUGAGAGUGAGCAGAGCGAGGAGGAAGGGGAGAAGAGCAAGUCGAAGACGAGGAAGAAGGUGACGAAGGGACAGGGGGAGGGCUCGUCCUCCGAGGAGGGCAGCGACUCCAGCAGCAGCUCCUCCGAGUCGGAGGGGUCGUCAGAGACCGAGGAGGAGCAGGCAGAACCUGCGUCCUGGCGGAAGAAGAAGCCCCCCAGCAGCAAAAGCGCCCCUGCAGCCCAGGAGGUCUCCCUGCUGGACCUAGAGGACUUCGCCCCGCCGAGCAUCCAGCCUGUGUCCCCACCCGCGGCCGUGUCCACCAGCCUGGCUGCAGACCUGGAGGGCCUGACCCUCACGGACUCCCCGCUGGUGCCCUCGCUGCUGAGCCCCAUGUCGGGGGUCGGGAGGCAGGAGCUGCUGCACCGCGUGGCAGGCGAGGGCCUGGCCGUGGACUACACCUUCAGCCGCCAGCCUUUCCCUGGGGACCCGCACAUGGUGUCCCUGCACAUCCACUUCUCCAACAGCUCCGAGACGCCCAUCAAGGGCCUGCAUGUGGGCACCCCCAAACUGCCUGCUGGCAUCAGCGUCCAGGGAUUUCCUGAAAUCGAGUCCUUGGCGCCCGGAGAGUCUGCCACUGCUGUCAUGGGCAUUAAUUUCUGCGACUCGACCCAGGCGGCCAACUUCCAGCUGUGCACCCAAACCCGACAGUUCUACGUCUCCAUCCAGCCACCGGUUGGGGAGCUGAUGGCCCCCGUGUUCAUGAGUGAGAAUGAGUUCAAGAAGGAGCAGGGAAAGCUGACAGGCAUGAAUGAGAUCACAGAGAAGCUCACGCUGCCAGACACCUGCCGGAGUGACCACAUUGUGGUGCAGAAAGUGACUGCCACUGCCAACCUGGGUCGUGUCCCUUGUGGGACGUCUGACGAGUACAGGUUUGCGGGGAGGACACUGACCAGCGGGAGCCUGGUCCUGCUGACCCUGGUGGCACGGCCCCCUGGACCUGCCCAGCUGACAGUCAACAGCGAGAAGAUGGUGAUCGGCACCAUGCUGGUGAAGGACGUGGUGCAGGCUCUCACCCAGUGACUCGGGUGCUCUGGCUUCUUUGACCCCCGCUGGCUUUCCCAUGUGACCAUGACGCCUGGGCUGUCAGCACCCGCCCCACUCGCCCCCACUCUCCCCCCCUCUGGUGUGAGACACUGCGUGCCAGAGGGUGUUCAGGGCCCCUCUCCCCCUCUGGUCAUUAACAGGUUCCCUCCCGGGCCUCCCCAUGGGCUCCUUAGUGACCCCACGUGCAGAGGGACAUGGCGGCUGCUCCCCAGCCCCCACCGCUUUCUGUAGCUGUUUCUGCAGCACCUUCUCAAUA